CUUAAACAAGAAUUCAAACUCGACAUGAAAACAGUCUUAACCUUCCUUUUGACCAUCUUAUGGGGAACAGCAAGCAUCACGGCUCUCCCAAGGGGUGCCCCAAAAUGCGCCAUCAACCCAACCGUUAUCGCCAAUGGUCACGAAGUUAAAAAUACCCAGCUCAACUUUGGUGCGCAGCCAUCGGCCAACACCUAUACCCCCGGCCAACAAAUGACCCUAUCCAUUACCGGUCAAAGAUCCUGGAAAGGACUCCUCAUGUACGCAACACCCGGAACUCAGCAAGACGCUGCACUCGCGCCAAACAACUUAAAACAGCAUGUCGGAGUCUUUGCAAUACCUAAAGGCUUUAGACCUCAGACAACUUCUAUUUGUCAGGCGGCGGGUAUCACCCAAGACUCACCCGAAAGCACCGUGACGCACGCCGAUACGUCUAUCAAAGGCACAAAUUUGCAGUUCCAGUGGACGGCACCCAAUGCAAAUGUGGGUCCCAUCACAUUCAAUCUCGUCAUUGCGACGGAUGGUGAGGAAGCGCCUUGGGAGAUUCUUCAGGCGGUUACGAUCCAGCCUCAGGGUGGAGGGACUGUACCCCCUCCUAAUGGAAAUGGCACUCUUCCGGCUACACCCCCUCUUCCUCCUGCAGCUCCGGCUCCUGCACCCACCCCACCUGCGCCUGCUAGGAAGGGCGACGACGAUGACGACGAUGACGACGACGACGAUGAUGAUGACGAGGAUGAGGACGACGAUUGAACAAAUGAUUGAACAAGAGGUGGUUAUUUAGAGUCAUGAGAGAUAAAGGCACAUGUUGUAAUUGUAGUGGUGUGUAAUUUAAAAUAAGAGUUCAUGUACCAACUUUGGGCAUUAU